AUGAGCAAGAGAAGAGUAGACGACGAUUCUGACAUCGAUGUCAGUUCCACAGACGAGUCCGAUGUUGAGACUGGAUCUAAGGAAGAGGAAAUGGAAGAAGUUGUCAAUGUUGACUUUGAUUACUUCGAUUUGAACUCGAAAGUGGACUUCCACGCUACAAAGACAUUUCUUCGUCAGCUUUUUGGUGAUGAUGCCACACAGUUUGAUAUUUCUGGCUUGGCUGAUUUGAUUUUGGAAGGAAAUUCUCCGGGCUCUACCAUCAAGACGGAGGGAGAAGAAAGCGACCCCUUUGCAUUGCUCUCUGUCAUCAAUUUGAAUGAGAAUUUGACAAAGCCUAGUGUCAAAAACCUCAUUGACUACAUUUUGCAGAAGACGAAAUCACAACUCGAGUUCAAUAUGAUUUUGAGUAAGUUGUUGAGCCCUGAAAAAACUACCAAGGAUCAAUCAAAGCGCUUGAAAGUUGGCUUGAUUGUUAGUGAGAGAAUGAUCAAUAUGCCAGUGGAAGUGGUACCUCCUAUGUACAAGAUGUUGGCUGAAGAAAUGGAGAAAUCUGAAGAUGCUCACGAGAAAUAUGAGUUCGAUUACUUUCUUGUGAUUUCCAAAAUUUAUAAAUUGGUCAAUUCUAACGUGGAUGAAGAAGAAGACGCACAAAAGUCAAAGAAGAAGAAAACUUCUGAAAAAGAUGCUACUGAAGAGUUUGACUACUUCCAUUACGAAGACAUCAUUUUGGAGGACAAUGCUAAGUACCAUGGUCAUUACUCUUACACCAACCAGCAACAGGAGACAGAUUCCCGUAGAGUUUUCACUGAAUAUGGAAUUGAUCCAAGAUUAAGCUUAAUAUUGUUAGAUAAGAAGGGCUUCAUGAAAUCCAUUCCUGAAAUGGAGGAAAAGUUCCCACCUUUUUAA